GCUUGUCAAAUCGUAAAAGUCGUAAGAGUCUCAGUUUAUUUUAGUCGUAUUGUUUCUAAAUCAGAUUGUGUAACGUACAAAUAAUUUUAUAAAAGUUCAUCAAUUUUUCGGCUUUUUGGUGGCAAAAUUCUCAAUGUGUUUACUUUUCGGCCGUACUGCGUCACGUUCAAUGCUUUUAUAAAUAAUUAUAUAAUCACAAGACCGUUAGUUCCUUUCCCAUUAUUAACAAGAACCAAUAGCCCAGUGCAUCCGCUUUCGGCUACAAAAUUCACAAGUGUUAAGAAAAGGAAAAAACAAAAAGAACGAAAUCUUGCAGCAACCGAAUCAGGAAAGUUAUUAGCCAUAGUUAACAAUAGAAAUGAAAAUAAGUUCCAUAUUCCAAAAACCAUUUUGAGAAGGCCCCCAAAACACACCAUAGAAGCUUGACGACAGCGACGGCAGUGUUCGAGCUCGAUCCACGGAUCUGAUAGCGAGAACUCAAGGCAGUAUAUAUGCUUGGUGCAACACAAGGAAGAAGUUUUUGAGGAUCCACAAGGAGUGCGACGAUAGGCAGAGAUCGAGUGGUUUUAAUUGUUGGAGACGAAAUGCUAAGCUCAUUGGACGCCCUGGCCGGGAAAAUCGCCGCCGCCACGCCCGGAACGGGUGCGGUUUCGGCCGAGAGCAAGACGCAACAGGCCUUGCACCACCACCACCGACUCGACUACGACUACUCGGCUGUGGAGAUUGAGCCGCCGGCGGAGCAGCUGGCCAACUCGCCGAGAAACGAGCGCGAACGACUGCAGCAGGCCCAGCAGGCCUACGAGCAGCAGGCGCAGGCUGAACUGGAGUUCGGCCUGGCCGAGGUGGACACCAAGCUGACCCAGCUGAAGAGCAGCCACAACCACCACCCACAGCACCCGAGUCACCACACCCCAAGCAACCUCCAACAACAAGCACAACAGCCACAGCAACAUCAACCACAUCAGAUGCAGCAGCAGCUCCACAGCAGAUCGUUGCCGCGCCACCCACACCACAACCAACACCAAGUCCACCAUCACCAACCGCACCACAACCACCAUCACCCCUACCACCGACCUCGCCCCGCCUCGCCCCACCCUCCGCAGCAGUCGACCUACCAGCAGCAGCUCUCCCAGCUGGUCGCCCUGCAGGAUCACCACGAGAUGCUGCAGUCCCAGCAGGAGCUCUUCCAGAAGCAGCUGGCCAACAUGCAGGAGUAUCAGCGGGAGCGGGAGCGCGAGCGCGAGCGUGAGCGUGACCGCGAGCAGCGGGAAAGGGAGCGUGAGCGUGAGCGGAAUGGAGGCUUCAUCGACAAUACCGACUACGAUUCGCAGCCGGAGUUCAAAAUAGUCCUGCGGGAUAGUGCAUUUGGUAUGAGCGACAAGAGCAGCAGCGCCACUAACAGCCUGCCGAAUAGCCCCAUUCACAGCAACAACAACAACCCAUCGCUGCUCAACAACAACAACGUGAGCAACAACAGCAUCAACGGAGGUGGCAGCUGCAACAGCAACAACCCGAGCUUGGGCAACAACUGCAACGCGCUAGUGCGUGUGGGCAGCAACGGGAUGAUGUCCGCCGGAUUGGUCAACAACAACAAUCCGUGCAGCGCCAACCGUAAUGUCGUGGCCAUGGACGACGACUCCUGCUUCCGCCUGGACGCAGAGACCGCCGUCGUCACGUACGGCGAGAAGGAGCCCGAUCCGGACAACAUCAAGAUGUUUGUCGGCCAGGUGCCGAAGUCGAUGGACGAGGCCCAGCUGCGCGAAAUGUUCGAGGAGUACGGCCCGGUGCACUCCAUCAAUGUGCUGAGGGACAAGGCCACCGGCAUAAGCAAGGGUUGCUGCUUUGUGACGUUCUAUACGAGACGCGCCGCCCUGAAAGCCCAGGACGCUUUGCAUAACGUUAAGACGCUGAAUGGGAUGUACCAUCCAAUUCAAAUGAAACCCGCCGACAGCGAGAAUCGCAAUGAACGUAAGCUUUUUGUGGGAAUGCUAAACAAGAAGCUGAACGAGAACGACGUGCGCAAACUAUUCGAGGUCCACGGCGCCAUUGAGGAGUGCACCGUGCUGCGGGAUCAGAACGGCCAGAGCAAGGGUUGUGCCUUCGUGACAUUCGCCACCAAACACGCCGCCAUCUCGGCCAUUAAAGUGACGCUAAGCCAGAACAAGAUCAUGGAGGGCUGCACGUCCCCGCUGGUCGUCAAGUUUGCCGACACGCAGAAGGAGAAGGAGCAGAAGAAGAUCCAGCAGAUCCAGGCCAACCUGUGGAACCUGGCCAGCAACAUUAACAUCCCCCUGGGCCAGACGGCCACCAGCGUGGCCACCCCGAUCCUGCCCAACCCGCCGCAGCAGCCGUCCCCAGUUCUCGGAGCCGAUGCCAUCACCCCGGCCUCCAUCCAGCUGUUGCAGCAGUUGCAGGCCGUUGGGUUGCAGCAGCAGCUCUUGCAAGCCCUUACUGGUCUGGGAGCCGCCCAACAGAGCAGUUCCGCCACGGACACCACUGCUGCCGCCGCCGCUGGACUUCUGACCCCGAUGAGUGUCCAGAACCUGGCAGCCAUCGCGGCCAUGACGCAGCCGAAUCUCACGAACGCCGCCGCAGCCGCCGCGGCCGCCACAUCGCCGGGAAGUGCACAACUCACCAACACUGCCGCUCUGCUCUCAGGCCUUCUGAGAAAGAAGGCGGUUGCUAAGCUAACAGGGUCUGAUCCAAAUCCCUUAGCAUCGGCGUACAUGUCGACAGCCACUGGCCUACCCCAAUUCGGAAGUGCCAGCGCAUUGUCCACUUCCCCGUUGGCGAGCGUUGCACUGAGUGCCGCGGCGGCUGCAGCUGCUGGCAAGCAGAUCGAGGGACCCGAGGGCUGCAAUCUAUUCAUUUACCAUCUGCCGCAGGAGUUUACGGACACGGACCUGGCCUCCACUUUCCUGCCCUUCGGCAACGUGAUCUCCGCCAAGGUCUUCAUUGACAAGCAGACCAGCUUGUCCAAGUGCUUUGGCUUCGUCUCGUUCGACAACCCUGACUCGGCCCAGGUGGCCAUCAAGGCGAUGAACGGGUUCCAGGUGGGCACCAAGCGCCUGAAGGUGCAGCUGAAGAAGCCCAAGGACGCCUCCAAGCCGUACUGAUUGUGCGCCCAAGCAUACUGGCCGCCCUACGAUCGGCAUCGAGCGGAAGCGAGGGGAGUUCGGAAAUUUGUGAAAUAUGGAGUAGUCAAUGAAUGAAGAGUUGCCGUGUAGAGCGCGCGCGUUGCAAGAGUGGGUGAGGAUGCAAAUGCCAACGUUGUACGUAUCAUAAAGUCAAAGAUCAAAGCAAAAAUCAAACUGCAACAAAAAAAGACAUGAAACCCGUGCCAAAAAGACAUUACUGCUUAUGAUUUAGCACUUUAUAUGUUGAAUUAAAAAUACAAAAAAAAAUACUAAAAAAAAAACAAACGAAAAUCAAACAAAAAAAAAAACGAAGAAUACAAAACUCUUAGAUCAUAGUUUAGUUUACUUUCUGUUGAAGUUCCCUUACAUGCGAUCUUUUACGACCUGUUUUAUAAUUUUAAACUGUCGUACAAGGUGGUAGACCCAUUACAUUUUUUAUUAAAUAUUUUGUACACAUUUUCAUGACUCAUAAACGAAAGCAAGAAUAAAAAUAUAAAACAUGCAAAGAUCUGUUCAAGUGUUAGCUAUAAGUUUUUGAUAUCUGAUUACUUUUAUAUGCACUCUCUGUUCGAUUUGUUCAUAUCUCAUGUUGCAAGUCACAAUGAAGUUCAUAAACCAAAAAUAUGUACUUGGUAUAUAUUCUAGCCUUAGUUACAAGUUACUCGUUUUGUUCAAUGGAUUAUCUCUCACUAUAAACAGCCGCAAGCGCUAAGCAUAAUUAGUUUUAGUUUAUUGAUUUGUUAACUCCCAAACCUAACACAUUUUUUAUUUGUACUGAAAAGGAAAUGUUUUUGUUACACACCCAUUAGAGCACCACACUAUUAUAAAACUUAUAUUUUAAUGAAUGAACCAAAUUACAUGCUUUUAUUUGUUAAAUAUGCUAUUGUAAACACGCAUAAAACGAAAUCAAAUGAAAUCAGCAAAAGGAAUAUGUUGUUAUUAUUUAUUUUGAAGCCUUCAUGAAGUUUAUUAUUUAGUUUUUUAUUUCUAACCUCAGUUUGUAAGAACCUGGUAUAGAACCACAUAUGAUUUAUCGCUAUGUAAACUUUUUGUUUAACUCUCUGUCGUUGCACACUUUGAAGUACCCUAGUGCAUAGUGUAUCUUACAAUGUUUUGUAGAGUAUCAUAUACACACGUGUAAACACACCAUACAACAAUUGCAUACAUAUCUAAAUAAAGUUUUGUUCUCUGUUUAAAUUGCACAAAUCUUA